CUUCUUCAUCAUCAUCCACCGGGACCGCCAUGGCUAUCUUCACCUGAAGCUCCAUUCAAAUCAUUAUCCUCCAUCAUCAUCUUCUUCUUCUUUCGAAGAAACUGAUCGUUGAAUCAACAAUUUCUUUGUUUAAUUCGAAAACUGAUGUCAAUGAUUAUCCUCGCCUUCGAUUUCAGUGUAUGUUAGCUGGGAGUGAUUCCAUUAAAGCUCACUAGAAAGUAUUAGAGGAGGGAGUUUAUCAAUGGAGAAUUAUGAAAUUCUAGAACAGAUUGGGAAAGGCUCCUUUGCUUCUGCUCUACUUGUGAGGCAUAAACAUGAAAAGAAAAGGUAUGUCUUGAAGAAGAUUCGACUUGCUCGCCAAUCUGACAGGACCCGCCGAUCUGCUCUCUUGGAGAUGGAACUUAUUUCCACCGUGCAAAAUCCUUUUAUAGUGGAGUACAAAGAUUCGUGGGUUGAAAAGGGUUGCUAUGUAUGCAUUGUUAUAGCAUACUGUGAAGGAGGAGAUAUGGCGGAAGCAAUAAAAAAAGCCAAUGGUGUUCAUUUUUCAGAAGAGAAACUCUGCAAAUGGCUCGUUCAACUACUGGUGGCACUCGAUUAUUUGCAUGUUAAUCAUAUUAUUCAUCGUGAUGUCAAGUGUUCAAAUAUAUUCCUAACACGAGACCAGGAUAUCCGACUUGGUGAUUUUGGUCUUGCUAAAAUGUUGACUUCUGAAGAUCUUGCAUCCUCGGUUGUGGGAACUCCUAGCUAUAUGUGCCCUGAACUUCUUGCAGAUAUACCUUAUGGUUCUAAAUCAGACAUAUGGUCUUUAGGAUGCUGUAUGUAUGAAAUGACCGCUUUCAAGACUGCAUUCAAAGCUUUUGAUAUGCAAUCUUUGAUCAACAAAAUAAAUAAAUCUAUAGUAUCUCCACUUCCAACCAUGUAUUCAGGCACACUUCGAGGGCUCAUUAAGAGUAUGCUGCGGAAAAACCCAGAAAUGAGACCAAGUGCUGCUGAUUUACUGAAAAACUCGCUUCUUCAACCGUAUGUACUUAAGCUCCAUCUUAACUUGAACGGCCCGAGACGUCACACCCUUCCGGUCCGGUGGUCGGAUUACAACUACGAAAAGAAAACAACGUUCAUCGAGCCCGAACCUCGAACYAUUCAUCUUCACAACGAGAAACGACAAUCUUUUAGCAGCGACAGGGCUUUGAAUCCAAGUAUAUCUGAACACGAUCAGUAUUCUUCGUGCUCKCAGAAGACACACGAUUUAUCAGGAUCGUCAGCUAGAAAGCUAUCCAUUGGCAGCAUUGAAGAAUAUAUACAUACUGAGAAAUUAGUCGCUGCUAAGACAUCAAAUGYCCUCAGAACCCUGAGAUCGACUCCUGCAAAACCUUCCGUUACUACUCCCCGAAGACAAACCGCUUCACCGAAGAUAACCAGAGGGAGUACCGAUCGUGAUUUGCUUCCGGUAUYACGAACUCCAGCUAGCAGAUCAGUGCGAACAAGUCGUAGGACAUCUCUACCCUUAUCGGCAACAGCUGCAAAACCCCUCUUGGAUUUCGAAUCUCCAAAUGUAUCCGUCAAUGCUCCACGGAUCGACAAGAUGACUGAGUUGCCGUUAACCUCUCGAGACGAACCCUCGAUCCUACCAGUUCGUAGAGCUACUUCAACAUCGGCUCAGAGUUCUUCCGGUACUUCUCCAACCACCAUCCCUGACCGGUCAGUUACAAUCGAUAAGUGCACGGUCAAGAUUGUGAGCCAGAGCCACCAAACGACCGCCAGCGGUGCCCACUCAACAAACAGGAGCGAUGAGUGGUUGGAGCCGAACCAGGCAACGACAGGGGCGGGUUCGAGCCGUUCGUCGUCCGAUUCACGAGGGCAGAGGCGUCGGUUCGACACGUCAUCGUAUCAACAACGGGCYGAAGCAUUGGAAGGGUUGUUGGAGUUCAGUGCACAGCUGAUGCAACAAGAACGAAUAGAGGAAUUAGCGGUUUUGUUGAAGCCAUUUGGGCCCGAAAAGGUGUCACCUAGAGAAACUGCUAUUUGGCUGUCAAAGAGCUUCAAGGGAACCGGAAUUGGAAUCGGAACCGGCGUUGGUGGGAACUCGUAGUUUGUUUUCUUCUUUUUUCCAUUCUGUAGCAUACUUUUUAUGGUUUAGAAGAGCGUAAUCCGAAUGAAGUCUUUAUGAA